GACGCAAAAACUCCCGGCCGUCGAAUUGAGCCUCAGUCCAGUUUUCAACUCGACGAGACGCCGACCGACGAAAUUUUUUUUAAUCGCCUCUUUUCGCCCCUUCGACGCUUUUGCGAUACGAACAUUAGCUUGUAAAUUCGUUUUAAAUCUAAUUAAUAAUAUAAAAUGGUGUACGAGACCGAUUUCUACACCACCAGGAGGCCGUACAGCACCAGGCCGACCGUGUCGUCUUACACAAUUUCGGGACCAUCGCGACAAGUUCGAGUACUGCCGGGUUUAGGAAAGGUACACGUGACGUACUCGUACGAUCGUCUAGUACCGUACGUGGGGCACAAGAGGCUGACGGUGGUGACGGCACCGCCGAGGGUGUGGGCGACGCGGCCCAGCGUCCUCCAGCGCGAAUUCGAUCGCAUCGAAAACAAAGUCCGGCCCUGGACCGGCUAUUCCGCGACCAAUCGCUACCUCAACUCCGAUUCUGCUGUGCGGAGUUACUAUGCGAGUUACCCAAUAACCGGAUCCGACUGCUACGAUUACUGCUCGACCCUCAGCUUGCCCAGCUCCACUUAUUACCCGAGGACCUACCGCUGGUACUAUACUUGGCCGAGGGAGUACCGCUCGUACUGGCCCUACGCCAGGACGUACCUGUCCGAUUAUCUGAGGAAUUAUUACUCAAACAGCUAUUGGCCUAGUUACUAUUGGUCCAGUUACUUGCCCUGGUACAGGAGCUUGGACCUCGAAUUCGGCCAACUCGAAAACAAAAUCGAUAAUUUGCGCAAAACCGUUUACUUGGACUAUCCUUAUCCUCUAAAGAGCCUGGAAUACGAUACACCGAUAAAGGCGUUGGAUUACUCUUACUACCCUUAUUCGCGUAGAUAUUACAGGCCUCUAUCGCUCUACUACGAUUACUACUGGCCUUUGAGCAGCCUCAACAGAUACACCAGCUACUGGCCCUCUUACUAUCCCUAUUACAAGUACCUCUAUUACAAGUACACGCUGCCCUCUGAUAGGUAUUCGUACUUGAAAGGCAUAUUCGAUGACGAAACUAGAUUAAUUCGCGCGCAAACGGCGUCUCUGUUGAAACGGAUUCACGACCCGGUACCUCGUGUUCAAAGAUACAGCUGGCCAGUUUCGGUCUCCUCUAAUUAUUACGACGGUUUACCGGCGAGGUUGUCCAACGACAACUACAUUCACCGAUUAUUAAUGACGUCUCCGAAAUCUAAAACCGAAUACGUCACGUAUUACACGGAGCCCGUCAGGAAGUAUAUCGGCGAUAGAGCCUACAGCCGUCGGCCUCACGUUUACCUCUACGAGGAUCCGCUCAAGAGCGACAUCCAAUUGAUGAGCUACUACAUCAACAAGUUCAAACAGGAGAAGGCCCUGACGGGCGCUGGGGAGCCCGCUAAAGUUCCCCUGAACCCCGCUCGGCCUUCUCGCAAAUUCGCCGGCCAGCGGAUAGAAGAUGACGAGGAAUCGGCCAAGGAGAUGCGCAAACUCCGGGAAGCCCGAGCGGCCCGGCUGGCCUUCAUCAACGAAGAGGACAAGCCAAGCAGGGCCUCGGUGGCUGUAGACGACGCCGUCAAGGCCAAGAAGAAGAAAGAGGAAGAGAGGUUAGCUGAGGAGAAGAUUCUAGCCGAGGAACAAUCCAGACAGGAAGCCUUGGCCAAGAAAGCCGAAGAAGCCAAAAAAGCCGAACUAGCCCGACAAGAAGCCGAAAGACUAGAAGAAAUCGCCAAGCAAGAACAACUCGCAGCCAAAGCGGCCGAACUCGAACGACAAGCCGAACUAGCCAGACAACAAGAACUCGAAAAACAAGCGGAAAUCGAGCGCGCCCGCCAAGCCGAAGAGGAGCGCCAGCGCCAAGAGGAACAACGCCGCCUCGACGAGGAAGCCAGAGCCGAGGAGGUCAGGAAGCAGCAGGAGCGCCUCGAGGAGCUGGCGCGCCAAGCGAAGGAAGAGGAAGAGGCCGAGCUCGCGCGGCAAGCCGAAGAGCUUGCCGAACUGGCGAGACAGGAGGCCGAAUUGGCGGAGCAAGCCAAGCAGGAGGCCGAAGCCGCCGAAUUGGAGCGCCAACAACGCGAACUGGCCGAGCUGGAGCGACAACAAGCCGAGCUCGACGAGCUCGAAAGAAAGGAGAAGGAGCUGGCCGAUGAGGCGGAAGCGGCCCGGCUGGAAGCCGAGGAGGCGGCGAAGCGCGAAGCCGACGAAAUAGCCAGAAGGGAAUUGGAGGCGGCGGCCGAAGAGGACGCCCCGCCGGAGGAAGAGCUGAUCCAGAAGACCAGCGACGAGGAGGCGCGACGGGCCGAAGAGGAGCUGGCCAGGCAGCAGGCGGAGCUCGAGGAGCUGGAGCGACAGGAGGCCGAGUUGGCCGAAUUGGAGCGACAGCAAGCCGAAUUGGAGGCUUCGGAGGGCGAGGAAAAGUCGCGGGAGGCGGAGAACGGCGGCGACGUCGAAGAGGAGGAGGAGGACGAGGACGCGAGGAAGCAGAGGGAGAUGGACGAGCUCAUCCAGCAGAAGUUCGAGAUGGCGCAGAUGGAACAGCAGCAGGAUGAGAACGAGGAGGAGGAAGAAGAGCCGGCCAUCGCGGAAGAUACGCCGGUGCAAUCCGAUGACGAGCAAUAAGGGUUUUUAAUUACUACCCUAUCCUAUAUUACCCUAUCCAAGCCGUAUACACUACCCUACAUUUACCGGUAUACCCUACAACUACACUAUCCUACACUAAUUUCGAAAAGUCUUAUGUUUAAGUAAGUUAAAGUUUUUUUUUGAUAAUUGCCGUGUAUACGGGGGGUGGUAGAUAAAUCUUCGGAAAUGGGGGUUUGUUUGCUGCCGGAACUGGAUUGAACACGCAAUUCAAGUACUUUUUUAGGUUGUUGAAGCUCUUUUUUAUGUUUUUUUACUAGAAACCUACUUGCCUCAUUACCAUUUCGUUAAUCCAUUAUCUUUUUUUUGCAUUGUGCAAUUUUUAAUUUUUUAAACACCUUCAUAUAAUUCAUUGUUUUUUUAAUUUUUCUUAGGUAAUAUUCCUUUUCCCGACUUCCACAACUCUUUAAUCUUCUUGAAAGCAUUUUUUUAAGUACAAAGGCUACUACUACGUCCAGUUUUGCCCAGCGGACCCCGUAUAUCUUCAUUUAAUGCUUGCAUUUAUUUUUUUAGCGUACUUUUUAAGUGUUGCUCAAUAAAUAAAUAAAUAAAUAAAUAAAUAAUAUAAAUAUACAAUUUCACCCACCCUCGUAUCCGAAUCGCAAUCGAAAACUUUUGGGAUUGUUAAAACUUAUUACUUUUCCGGGUAAUUCUGUAUUAACUGUUCUCGCGAUUGUACAUUAGGCAUUUUCAUUCUUAUUGUUUACUUUAUUAUUGUUCUUUAAUUAAAUAUUGAUGUUUUA